AUGCCUACACCGUCACCCUGUAAGGAACAGGAAUUGAAGUGGAAUCACAUUGCUUACAGUGGAGACUUGUAUGAAUAUGUACGAUGGAUUCUGUCUAGUAACAGGAAAAGCCUUUUUCUUUCCUUUCCUCCUAUUAAGGUCCUCGAUGCCUCAACACUCAGCUUUGGUACUCGAGUCAGAUGGUUUGCCAUAUGUUUUGUUGCUGGCAUUGUGUGUUCUAUUCUUGGAACAGCAUUGCUAUGGCUCCCAAAGGGAAUCAAACUUUUUGCAGUGUUUUACACCCUGGGAAAUAUUGCUGCAUUAGCCAGUACAUGUUUCCUGAUGGGGCCACUGAAACAAUUGAAAGCAAUGUUUGAGCCAAAAAGAUUAAUAGCUACAGUUGUGAUGUUGCUUUUCCUAGUAUUGACUCUGUGUGCUGUAUUCUGGUGGAACAAAAAAGGUUUGGCGAUGUUAUUCUGCAUAUUGCAGUUCUUGGCAAUGACCUGGUAUAGUCUGUCAUAUAUUCCUUUUGCAAGGGAUGCUGUGAUUAAAUGCUUCUCAUCCUGUCUAGGGUAAAUUAAAACCAGGAACCACUGUGUGCUUUAAAAGCUAACUCUUAUUCCUCUGUGAAUGUUGCUCAGAAAACUAUACUUUUCCACUCAUGAAAUACCCAGUAACAAUUUAGUAUUUUCCUUGCCUUUUGCAUUUGGGGGUUUAAAUAAUUUUUCCUAGAAACAGUUUUAAAAAUAAAUUGGGUGAACUGUUUGUGUUCACCCUGGAAUUUUUAGGCUAUUUUUAACAAGGAAGUACAUUUAAAUACCUUGUGCAGGCGAGUCUUAAAACUACCUUGCAUCCAGUAACACAGUUUAUUCCCCAGUGGAGGCAGACCACUAAGAUCUGGGUUGUAUGCUUAAAGAUUUCACUUACAGUUCUGUCAAAAAUUUGCGAUGUGCCGUUUAUGUUUGUACAUUAUUCACUGUAUGCUUUUCCAAAGACAGAGUUUUAUAAACAUUGUAAAGAUUUGGUAAGUUAUAUGCUGCUUUGAAAUGUCUAUACAUGUGCCUUAUGGAAAAAGCUUAAUGAGAAGAUGUGAAAGGUCUGUUUAAAGCCUGUUGAAUUUUAUUAAAAAGCUAUAUUUUAAACGUUUUUUCUUUACUUUCAUACUUAAAUACUUUUUAGUAAAAGAACUUAUGGCUAAGGUAUAAAUGAUAUUUGUGAAAUAAAUCAACUUUAAAGGUGCCCAAACUAUUUUUUAUUUAGGUAUCUGCUUAUAGAGGACUGAAAAUUUCAGCAUUGCACUUGAAUAACUAUGAAAAUUUAUUAAAAAGUGGGGUAUGUAUACAACUGUAUCCAAAUUUGGUUAUUAGAUCUGCAGAAGUGACUUUAAAGCUUCUUUGUGUUGGUGUUUAGACAAACUGUUCAUUCUGACUUAAACUGGUAACGGAUUGGAGUGAAAUGCUCUAAUACUUUGCCUAGCUUCAGUAAGAUGUUCUUGUUUCUAGUUUUUUGCAGCUAAGCGCCAUUCAGUUAUUCAGGAGCGAAGUGAAAUCCUUAACAUUUGAUGGCCAACACUAUUACCAGGAGGUUCUUUUUAGUACAGGUUGGGUGUGCUUGAUGGCCUGCGGUCUAAACCCCAGUUGUUUUGGAUUCUUUUUCCCUGCUAAUCCAAAAAUAGAAGAAUGGAUGGAUUUGAAAAGAUGUGAGCUGCAGUGUCAGGAAGGGGAAACCCCCCUGACUUUUAGUAUUCAGGGUUCAGGCUGAAGAGAGGAAUUGCAGUACGUUCCUGCUAAAUCUCUGUAUUGUUGCACAAUAUAGCAACAUCUCUUGGGGAAGCUGUAGAAAGGAUGACUGCAUGAUUUUUUGCAGCUAAACUGCCAACCAAGCCACACCUUCUAGGUGAUCAAUAACAAUAAAUGGCCAGUGAGGAGGCAUCCUUCCUGCUGGUGAGAGGGGACCAGGUAGCCCUGGCCCUGCAGCAGGCGCUUGGGCUUGUUCGUGCUGGGCAGUGCGGUGACAGCCUCUCCAGCUCUGCCCGUCACAGCCCUGGGGUGCUGGUGGGGCACUGAGGGAAUUUUUUAGUUCCUUUUAGAUUUCAGCUUGCACUGAAGGUGAGCCAGCCUGUGCGUAGGUAGUGAUCCUGGCAGUGACUGUCACUGCCCCUUCCCCAGUUGCUGCUACUGACCACGACUGGCAUGGGGGAGGUCCCACCGUCCGGGUUGGUGCCGCAGGACUGGGCAGUUGUUUGCUCCAGAGGUGGUUUUGCCCGUCAACUGCCAGUUCUGGUACAUGAUUGCCUUCACUGUGAUCUUGAAUUAGAAUUUGGGGUUUUUUUCAUGUGCUGUGGUAAAUGACAGAGUUAGCAUUCAUCACGUAACACUUGGUAUUAGAUGACCAGAACAGAAUGGGUUCAAGAACUGAAGCCUGAAAGUUCCAUGUACGGGUAUGCGCUGAGGUCUGCUACAUCACGUGCUCUUACACAUUUUUCUCUCCUGAACAUUUAAGGAUUCACUUUCUUCAUCUGCAUACAGAGCACACACACCGUGUUCUUUCAUCGGUACCUUUUGCUCCUUCAUACCCUGGCUUUGUUUGCUGCAUACGAGUAUUCCAAAAGUUCACACCCUCGUUGCACCCUCAUUGUAUGACACCCUUUUAUGACACUGUGAAA